AUGUCUACAAUUAGAUGGGUAGAUCUAUUAUCAAGCGAAUCAAAUUUUUCACAUUCUAUAACUAACAAUGAUGACAUCAAUGAAAAACUAAAAAAAAAAAAAAUAAGUACCAAAAAAAAUGAUUUAAAUAAUAGUUUCAUAAAUUCUUAUAAUGGUGAUUUAGAUAAUAGUAAUGUAGGUAUAAAUUUAAAAAUAAAAAAUAUGUGUAUAACAGAUAACAAGGAUAAAAAAGGAGAAUUUGUUGAUCCCCAAACAAAUAAAAAUGAUAAUUUAAAUGAAAUAAUUAAUAAAAAUGAAAAAGAAAGUAAAGAAAAAGAACACAAAGAUGACAAACAAAUUAACAUUGAUCAAUUAUUAAAUAAAGAUGCUAAUAUGAAUGAUCAUGAAUUAGACAAAAAAAUAAAAUGCGAAACAAACGAUGAAAAAAAUGAAGAAAUAAUUAGUGAUAGCAUUAAUUCUAAUAAAAUAAAUAAAGAAAUAAAUGAACAAAUAAACGAGGAAAAAGAAAAUAAAGAUCUUAGUGGUUAUAAUAAUAAAGAUUCAAACAUUGUUUCUGAAGAUAAAAGUAUUAAUAAUUCUAAUUUUAGUAAUAAAAUGUGUAAAAAAAAAAAUUCUAAUUCAUCUGAUUGUAAAAUGAACAAAAAUAAAAAAAUUACAAAUGUUCCUUUAGAUAAAAAAAUAAUAAAAAAUUCUUUCUUUUCUAAAUAUAUUUUAGAAAAAAAAGAAAAGAAAAAUGAAAGUAACAAAAUGGAUGAAACAAAUUCAAUUACUACUCCAAAAAAUGUACAUGAAAAUAAAGUUUCUGAAGAAAGUUCAAAGAACUGUAAUUUAAUUAAUAAUGUAGAAAAUCAAAAUUCAGAUACUAUCACUAAAUGCAAAAAAAGAAAAGAUAGAAAUUUAAAUAUUGACAAUAGUAUUUCUAAAUAUGAUUAUACACAAUCAUGUGAGGUAACACUUGAUGAAAAUAAUAUUCCAUUAAAUCCAACAAAAAAAGUAAAAAAUAGAUUAAAAGAAAUAAGAGAAAAUGCAAAUGAUAAUAAAAAAAAUAGAAACGAUGAUAAUAUUUCUAGCAACCCAAAUAAAAAGAAUGAAACGAAAACAAAUUUAAAAGGGUUAAAUCUCAAUAAAAAGAUAAUUUUUAAAGAAGAAAAUAGUAGUAAUGAUCAAUUUAAGAAAAUAGAUAAAAGUAAUAAUGUUAUAGAUCCUUUUAAUAAUAUGAUUAAUAAAAAUAUAAAUUUAGAAAAAUUUAAUAAUUUCAAUAAUAAUUUUAUUAGUUAUUUAGGAGAUAUAAGAAAUAAUUUUAAUGAAGUGUUAAAUAAUGUAAAUAGCAAUAGAGUAAGUAGUCGUUUAAAAGAAAUAGCAGUAGGUAAAUCAACAAAAGAAUAUAAGAAUUACGUUAAGCUUGUAAGAUAUGAUGAAAGAAUGGAAGAUGAUCCAAGCACACCCAAUGCAUAUGAAAAUAUAACUAAUGCAAAAUUUCAAGCAAAAUAUAAUUUAUGGAGAAAGAAAUUGCAUAAAUUUGAUACAAUAAAUUAA